CUUCUCCUGAGUGGGAAUUCCACAAUACAUAAAUCCAAUUGCCCACCCAAUUUAUAAAAUCCACCCAUUCCUUCAGAUUCAGUCCCCACCGCCGCCCACCACCGCCACUGCCACCGUCGAUUUCACACUCUCUCUCGAUCUCUUCAAAUCCACUCCCUCCCUCUCUCUCUCUGCAUUAUUCGUUUCUUCAAAUCUCGAGAAUUUGAAUUCCUAAACCACUUUCUAAUUGUCUUUUCUUUCCCUCUCUCUCCCUCGGCGCUAUGGUGGCCGGAGCAAGAGGCGCCGGCGUCGGCGUGGUGGCGUUAACGGUGGUGGUAUUAGGGAUUCAGAUUUGUUCGGCGCAGAUUACCAGAAGCGGUUUUCCGAGCGGAUUUGUUUUCGGGACUGCUUCCUCUGCUUUCCAGUAUGAAGGCGCUGUAAAGGAGGACGGAAGGGGACCCACAGUUUGGGACACAUUUUCCCAUACAUUUGGAAAGGUGCUUGAUUUCAGUAAUGCAGAUGUUGCCGUGGACCAGUACCACCGUUACCCGGAAGACAUUAAACUCAUGAAGGAUAUGGGUAUGGACGCCUACAGAUUCUCCAUUGCCUGGUCUCGAAUUUUCCCAAAUGGAAGUGGAGAGAUCAACCAGGCUGGAGUUGAUCACUACAACAAUUUCAUCAAUGCUUUGUUAGCCAAUGGAAUUCAACCCUAUGUCACUCUCUACCAUUGGGACCUUCCUCAAGCCCUAGAAGACAAAUACAACGGCUGGCUGAACCCCCAAAUCAUAAACGAUUUCGCUCUGUACGCCGAGACGUGUUUUCAGAAGUUCGGCGAUCGGGUGAAGCACUGGAUUACGUUCAAUGAGCCGCAUACGUUCGCUACCCAGGGCUACGAUGUCGGUCUCCAGGCGCCGGGCCGCUGCUCAAUUCUUCUCCAUGUUCUCUGCCGGAGUGGAAAUUCUGCAACCGAGCCUUACAUUGUCGCGCACAAUGUUCUCUUAUCUCACGCCGCCGUCUCCGAUAUUUACAGAAGAAAGUACAAGCGUACACAGAGGGGAGUGAUUGGGAUCUCGCUCGAUGUUAUCUGGUUCGAACCAGGUUCGAAUUCCACCAUUGACAUUCAAGCAGCCCAAAGAGCUCAAGAUUUUCAGCUUGGAUGGUUUCUCAAUCCGUUGAUCUUUGGCGACUAUCCGAGCUCCAUGAGAAGCAGAGUCGGCGGGCGGCUGCCGACGUUUUCCCGGCAGCAGGCGGCUAUGGUGAAAGGGUCUCUGGACUUCGUUGGCAUAAAUCACUACACCACAUUUUACGCUUAUCACAACAGCACAAACAUUAUUGGGGUUGCCCUGAAUGACUCCAUUGCUGAUUCUGGUGCCUUCACCGUUCCAUUCAAAGGGCUGAAAACCAUUGGAGAAAGGGCAAGCUCUAUAUGGUUAUACAUAGUUCCUCGUGGGAUGCGAAGUUUGAUGAAUUACAUCAAGAACAACUACGGGAACCCACUAGUGAUGAUUACUGAAAAUGGGAUGGACGACCCAAAUGACAUAUUUAAACCAAUCAAAGAGGCACUGAAAGAUGAGAAGAGGAUCAGAUACCACGAUGGCUACUUGACAAACCUUUUGGCGGCCAUCAAGGAAGAUGGAUGCAACGUGAAAGGGUAUUUCGUUUGGUCUCUGUUGGAUAAUUGGGAGUGGGCGGCUGGUUUCAGUUCAAGGUUUGGCCUUUACUAUGUUGAUUUCAGGGAUAAGCUGAAGAGAUACCCCAAGGACUCGGUUCAAUGGUUCAAGAAUUUCUUGGCUUCUUAGUUGGUUCUUACAAGUUGGAGAAUCUGAAAGAAGGUUAAUGCCACAGUUUGAUGUUUAUAUUUCUUGUUAGAAGUGGAUGCAUGAUUUUCGUAACUUUCCUUAUUGUGCCUUUAAUUUCUGCUGAUAAACGUAAAAACUUUAGUAAAUCUAUAUGUAUGCAUCAUCACAGGAAUAUAUUUCUAGUUGAACUUUCAAGUUCUAAUUUUGUCAACUUGGAUCA